GAUUCUUGCCGGCGUAGUUUCCGUGCGUAUCAGGUUACCGUGCAGUGUGCGUACAACCAAGUGCUCCAAGUUUAUAAUUUUCUGUACCUUUUACACGACAUACGAAGAACUUUACAUUUAGCUAUCAUGUUUAACCAAGGUCAAGGUUUAUCUAAAGCGUUUAGAAACAGUGCAGUUCGUAUGGCAAUGCCUAUUGAAUCGAAAAAAGAAGAUCACAAUAAAGGGCACUAUGCUGUUGUUGGUGCUAAAAUUAUACGACCAAACUCUGAGUAUCGAGUAACGGUUACGAGUUUUGAACUGACCGAUAAGCUGGAAAUUUGUGUAUCGCUGGUCUCGAAGGGUAACGUUAUUGAGAGUAAAAAUGUUUCACUGGAGAGAAAUGAUCACCAAACGAUCGUUUUUCAGCUCGGCUCGAUUCCGGAGGAUAAAUAUCAUCUGGUCGCAGAAGGAAAGUCCGGAAUCGUGUUCCGGAAGGAGGCUGAUCUGGAAUAUGACGAUAAGUUCUGCUCGGUUCUGUUGCAAACUGAUAAAGCUGUGUAUAAACCUGGAGAUACAGUGCGUUUCCGGGUGCUUGUUUUGGAUCGUAACAUGAAGCCCGCGGUGGCUGGCUCCAGCAUGAGGCUGUACAUUUGUGAUGGCGCAGGAAAUCGAGUCAAGCAGUGGAAUGAUGUGAGCCUUGAUAGUACUGGAGUAUUUGAAGCAGAGCUUCCUCUGUCCACGGAACCAGUACUAGGUGAAUGGAAGAUACACGUUGAAGUGUUGGGUUUGAAACAAUUCAAAUCAUUCGAUGUGGAUAAGUACGUUCUUCCAACGUUUGAAGUAAGCGUGAAAGGAGAUAGCUAUACAACGGUUGACGAUGAGAUUCUUAAGGUGGCAAUCGAUUCUAAGUACACGUACGGCAAACCCGUUGUCGGAGAAUUAACUGUCACGGUGAAGCCCGAAGAACGUUACUAUUAUGGCAGUAAACCCGCGACUUUGUGCCAAAAGACUGUUCCAAUUAAUGGUAAAACAGUGUUGGAGUUUAACCUACAGGAUGAGCUCAAAUUAAGCUCAGCAUACAAUCGAGAGUUUGUGUUCGAGGCAGAAGUCCGCGAGCAACUAACAGGACGUACGCAGAGUGGCUCCUCUACCGUAAAGAUCCACGAUGAUCGAUACACCGUUAAUUUGGUGCAGGAGGCAAAGUAUAUUCCGGGACUGCCGUACAAAGCAUGGAUAAAAGUGUCCAAUAUUGAUGGAAGUCCCGCAGAGCCUGACUCCCUCACGGUUUUGUUUCGAAACGAUUCCAAAGUUCAAUUAACGAACUAUACGCUGGACACCAAUGGCAUGGCUAAAUUGGAUUUAAACCUGGAUAACAUGAAAUUUAACUAUCUUCGCAUAGAAGUGUUGUAUCGGGGAAAAUCAUACGAAGUGGAUGGAAUUAGCAAACCUCGCGAAAAGAUGGAUGCAUUUAUCAGGGUUUCCACUUCGGAGCAACAACCAUCGAUCGGAAAGGACCUGAAGUUUGAUGUUUGUAGUACAAAACCUCUCAAGUAUGUGGCCUAUGCAGUCUUGUCUCGAGGAGCCGUGGUCAAUGGUGGAGUUGUUGACGCCGAUAAUCAAACAUGUACUAUCAUAACAAUUCCGUCUGUGUAUGCAAUGGUUCCACGAGCAAAGUUACUUGUAUUCUACAUGUGCAAUGAUGGAAGCGUCGUCAGUAGCAAUACUACAAUUGAGUAUCGUAAUAUCUUUGCGAACCAUUUAAUUUUAGGCAUAACCAAUAAUGAUGUUAAGCCAGGCGAGACAAUUGAUAUAAGCGUGAAAGCGAAUGAGGAGUCAUUUGUUGGAUUGCUGGCGGUUGAUCAAAGCGUUCUCUUGCACAAAUCUGGAAACGACCUUAACCGGGAUUGUGUUGCAAAAGAGUUGGAAGCCUAUGAAUCGUCCCGCAAUUAUUCAUACUAUAAUCACAAUGAUUUGCCUGACUUCCAGGAUGCAGGCGCAGUGUUCAUAUCAAACGCUAACGUGGGCCGCGAAGAACUUGACCAUCAACCUGUGUUUUACUGUUCAGCUGUUGGUGGAGUCGCCUUUGGCGCGCCUAGGAUGGCGAUGAAAAUGCGGAGUGCCGUAGAGCACAUCGAAAUGGCGGUUGCGGAAACCAAGGAACCCACUAUUCGCAGUAAUUUUCCAGAAACAUGGAUUUGGGAGAGCAUUAAAAAAUGCAAUAAGGAUGGCGAAGUGGUGAGGAAAGUUGUGCCCGAUACGGUGACUUCUUGGAUUAUUUCGGGUUUCUCGCUUAACAAAACGAGUGGACUUGGAUUGAUGGAGUCCCCUGCCAAGAUAAAUGUAUUUCUACCAUUCUUUAUAUCGAUGGAUUUGCCGUACUCGGUAAAACAUGGCGAAAGUGUUCGAAUUCCAGUGAUUGUUUUCAACUAUCUAGACGAAGACCAGAUGGCGGACGUUAUUUUUUACAACAAAAACCAGGAGUUCGAAUUUACAGACGAUUCGGAGACAAGCGUUUAUGAAGAUCAUCACCGAAGGAUGAAGGUAUCAUUAGCAAAAGAUGGAGGCAAAACAUUGUCGUUUAUGAUCAAACCUAAAAAGGUUGGCCAUAUUACACUGAAAAUAACUGCAACAUGUGCUCUGGCAGGAGAUGGCAUCGAACGGGAGCUUCUGGUCCUGCCCGAGGGAAUUCCUCAGUAUUCUAACCAGGCUACCUUGAUCGAUCUUCGCUCGACUAGCAGCCAUACUCAUAAACUGGACAUUGAUAUUCCUAGCAACGCCGUGGCAAACUCCACGAAGGUAUCAGUGUCAGUGAUUGGUGAUGUGCUUGGAUCAUCGAUUGCCAAUUUAGACUCAUUAAUUCGCAUGCCUUACGGAUGUGGUGAACAAAACAUGUUGAAUUUUGUUCCAUGCAUCGUGGUGCUUGAUUACUUGAAUGCUUCGAAGCGACUGACUGGGGAUGAUAAAAUAGUAUCCAAAGCCAAGCGGUGCAUGGAAGUCGGCUACCAGCGAGAGCUCACGUAUAAACAUGCCGAUGGGUCAUUCAGUGCUUUCGGUGAAUCGGAUAAGAGCGGAAGCACCUGGUUGACGGCCUUUGUGGCAAAAGCGUUCCAGCAAGCGGACAAGUACAUAAGCGUAGAGUCGGACAUUGUAGACAAGGCGCUUGGUUGGCUCAGUGAAGUGCAAAGCGAGAACGGAUCGUUCCCAGAGGUUGGCAACAUUUGCCAUAAGGAUAUGCAGGGAGGCGCUGCAGGAGGCUUAGCGCUGACGGCGUAUACGGUGAUAGCAUUUCUUGAAAGUCGCGAGCAUGCACAAAAGUAUGAGGGGACGGUAACCAAGGCUCUGAAUUACCUGAGUGAAAAAGUGCUCGAGCCAUGCGAUGUUUAUGCACAUGCUCUCGUUGCAUACGCCCUGCAGAUUGCUGGUCAUCAGAUGAAGGACGAAGUGAUGACCAAGCUCGAAUCCAAGGCCACGAUCAAGGGCGAAAUGAAGUGGUGGAGCAAGACUAUCACAGAAAAGGACUCAGAAACCGUUCGCAACAAUUGGCACUGUUGCCGUCCCUGUUCGGUAGACGUAGAAAUGAGUGCUUACGCACUGUUGGCUUCACUCGUUUCUUCAACAGGACUAGAAAGCUUGCCUGUGAUGAAGUGGCUGUUGACACAGCGAAACGAUAAGGGAGGAUUCCAGUCAACGCAGGAUACGGUUGUCGGAUUGGAAGCUCUCGCUAAGAUAGCGGCUAAAUUUGCAUCAGACGACCUCAAAAUUAUGAUGGAGAUCAAAACCGAUCAGGGUGUUCAGAGAAACUUCGAUGUCAAUAAGGAUAACGCUCUCGUACUGCAGAAGUUGGAGUUGCCGGAAAGCAUAAGAUCAGUUGAGAUGACGGCCAAUGGAACAGGGUGUGCACUGUUCCAGCUGUCGUCCAAGUAUCACAUCAACGAUAAGGAGAGUAGUCCCCGUUUUAAAUUGGAACCAUUGGCCAGCAAAGGAGAAAUGGAAAGUGCCAUUGAAAUUUCCAUAAAAACGAGCUUUAUUCCUUCAGCAGAUCAGCCCAUCUCAAAUAUGGCCGUCAUGGAGAUCGACAUGUUGAGUGGAUUCAUCGUCGAGAGUGAUUCGAUUGCAGCGCUUAAGACCCACUCUGCUGUUAAGAAAAUUGAAACAAAGCGUGGUGAUACGACUCUUGUACUCUACUUUGACAACAUCGGAGAAGCUAGUGUUACACUCACUGUGAUCGCUUAUCGGAAACAUGAAGUAACCGAUGUGAAACCAGCUAAUGCUAUCAUCUACGAUUAUUACGACAACACUCGGCGUUGCAGUGCAUUUUAUGAAAUUCCUGCUUAACCAUUUAUAGCAGUAUGCGAUAUGCAGGAUAUUAUGACGACAAUAUGCGCUCGUUAGCAUAUAAAUUAGUCCUACCACAGGAAUCGAUUGAAUGAGUGUUUUAGAAUAUUUUAUUAAACGGUGUUUAAUUGUAA